CAUAAAUUGUUGCCUACAUCAUAACGUCAUCAUUAGGUAAAUUACCUAGCAGUUGGUCUCCAAUUCCUCUUCCUCUGUGUCUCUUUCCGGCUCUAUAGUUGGUAUCUAUAAAACGAUGAUAAUCAUCAAAAUACUUACAAGCAUCCAAGCACUUGGUCCCUGACUUCUCUGUAUAUUUGUCAGACUCUUAGUCUCUUUUUCUUCUCCAAGCCAUGUUGCCAUGGCCACCUCUACAUUGAAUGUCACCUAUCAUCUCUACCUAUCUAUAUUCUCUUCCUUUUCUUAAUUUCCUAUCAUCUCUACUCUACCCAAAAGUCAGGAAAAUUGCUUGGCGAAAUUGUAUGUUGGGAGCAAAUUGAUCGGUACCACUUUCUGAUGGCAUCAAGUAACCAAAGAGCCUCUACGUCCAUUCCUUUAGCUUCUUCAUGGAAAUAUGAUGUGUUUUUGAGUUUUAGGGGGAAAGAAACCCGCAACAAUUUUACAGGUCAUCUAUAUAAAGCAUUGAAGGGGAAAAGAAUCAGAGUUUUCAAGGAUGACCGUGAACUUGAGACAGGCUCAGCUAUCUCUGAAGAGCUCUGGACUGCAAUCGAAGAAUCAAAGUUCGCCAUUAUUGUCUUCUCGCAAGAUUACGCCAGUUCAGAAUGGUGCUUAAAUGAGCUUGUAAAAAUUUUUGAAGGCAUGGGAGAGAGAGAGACAAUUAUCCCCAUUUUUUAUAAUGUGGAUAUAUCCGAUGUAAAACACCAAACAGGAACUUUUGAAGAAGCCUUCAACAAGCACGAAAAUGAUGGUAUACGUGACACAGUAAAGGUGCAAGGGUGGAAGACAACUUUGACAACAGUUUGUGGGAGAGCCGGCCAUGUUUUGGAAGCAUAUCAGUCAGAGACUGAGUUCAUCGAAAAAGUUGUAGACAAACUGGUAUGCGCUGGCUGCAACGGGAGGGUUGGUGAUGGCCUCAACUGCUUGGGUGCUGUUUGGCAUCGAGCAUGUCUUCUGACUCUUCUCUGCAAAGGUUGCAACCAUCCAUUUACUGAUCUAGAGAUUCGGGAAUGUGGGGAUCAGCAGCCUUACCAUGAACGCUGCUAUGAGCUAGAAUAUCUUGUAUGCAAUGUUUGCAAGAAAUCUAUCCAAGAUGGUCAAGUUGAGUACAAGGAAUAUCCAUUGUGGCGACGAAGAUAUUGUUCCUCCCAUGUAAAUGAUGGGACUCCUAGGUGUUGUAGCUGUGAAAGAUUGAAGCCAAGGGGCACAACAUAUUAUAAGCUCGAUGAUGGUCGAAAACUAUGUCAGGAGUGUACAGAGUCCAUUAUCAAUACUGAUCAUGGACACCGAUCCAUUUUCCUUGAAGUACAAAAUUUUUAUAAGAAGUUAAAUGUGAAAGUAGAGAAAAUUCCAGUGCGGUUGGUCGGCAGACAAGUCAUAAUCGAUGCCAUGAAGGAGGGAAAUGAUUAUUCUGACCGCCAAUUGCCGGUAAUAAGAGCAGUCGGCUUGUUUGAAAAGAGAAUUCAAAAAAGAAUUCAAUUGGCUUCACUUGUUUGCGUCGGCAUGUAAUAGCCGUCGCGAAUGAUAGAUAUUUUGCUUCGGCAAAACAACCCCGUCGCAAAAACAACAAUCGGAUAUGACGGCAAAACAUCCCCGUCGCCAUAAUACCAAUUGUUUGCUACUGCAUAACUACGCCGUCGCUUAUUCUGAUAUGAAUUGCUACCACCAAUGUGCCGUUGCGUGUACUUAGUUCUAAACUCUAUGUUAGAGGGCAAAAGAGAAUUAAUCUUUGAAAAAUUUCUCUUUGGGUCAGCCUCUCUUCCGCUCUCAACCCGCUUCUCUUGUGCAUCAGAUCAAUUAGAAACUAGUGUGGCGUUUGGGUAUUCAGAAUACCAAAGUCCCAAAUACAUGCAUCUUGUCUCUGGGUCAGAUCGGCUAUAACCUAGAUCUCGCCAUUUCUAUAUAAUCCAUCACAGAUCUGGUAUUUCUUUCUUCUCCAGAUUCUCCUCUCUAUCUAAGCUAGAUUAGAUUUUGAUACAGAGAGCUUCUUUUUGGAGAGUGAGAAACAGAGACGAGAGAUGGGUUCUGGUUCGAAAUUGGAAGGCACAUAAGCUCGCCGAUACGGCAAGACCCGUAAGAAGUCUUGAGUGUUUCUAGGGAUUCAAAGUCAUUCAACUCAUAAGGAAAUUAAAAAGGCGUAUCGGAAACUCCCUCUCAAAAUGACAAGGAGGACAUACUGUCGCAGUUUCUAUUGGAGAGUGAGAAGAAUCCGGAGGAGAUGAAUGAUUAAUAUCUAAGCGAAAUAAUUCUGAACUUCAUGAUUUCUGGGAAAGAUACCAGUGCAAAUUCACUCUUAUGGUUCUUCUACAUGCUCAGCAAGAACCCUCUAACAUAAUUUAUUAUUGUUCGAACAAGCUUCAAGUGCUUGCCCUCUUUUGUGCCCCUUUCAGAUUUGAUUGUGCUUUGGAAUAUUGGGACAUUUGGUUUAAAUUUCAGUUGGCAUUCUUCUGUCAUCUCUCUGACCUUGUUUUUGUGUCAAUGAUGCAGGAGUCCAUUCCUUCAACUUUCUUGGUUUGGGAUAUCAAGUGAACUGGCCCAUCAGCUUUGUUUCGACUCCUGGUGCAUUGAAAAUAUAUGCCGAGAUAUUCAGUUUUUUGAUACUAGUGAAACUGGCUUUGUUUUCAUUGACUGAUGUGUGGCGCCAAUUGAAGGGUUGAUGAAAUAAAAAUCACUAAUGCUUUACAAUAUGCAGCUAGUAUUGAGUACGUUAUAAGGUGGAGUACCAAUAUUAGUCUUUGGUCAAACUGGGGUUGCAUAAGAUGAUUCUCCAAAUGAGGCCCUUCCUCUUAAUUGCAGACCUAAUAAUGGUGCUGCGCAGCUGACCAAAGAUAAAUUCAAGGUAGAUAUUUUCUCUAACUUAUAUUAUAGCUUUUUUUUUUGGUAGAAACCAAACAUUGACUGUGUUUUUCAUUACCAAACGCUGUGUAGACUCUGAUAAAUAUAAAGAUGUGCACACAUGAAGAGGUGAGUUUCAUCUCAGCAGAGAAAUUGAAGCUUAAGAUGUGUUCACUUGAGGUUGUCAUUAGCUGGGAUGAGCGAGAGUAAGAUAGGAGAAAGAAGUUGUGCAUUUUUUGUAUUUUGAACAAUGACAAAGAUGUAUGAAUCAUUGAAUAACAUUUUUUGUGCAAAAUCAUUUUUUGUAUUUUGCAUGGCUAAGGCUUAAUUGCUGUCCGAAUAUGAGCCCUGAGGUUGAAAAAGGUAUCUGCCGAUAUUUUGCACAUAGGUGGUUGGAGUACUCUUCUAGUUCCUAUUCAUCUAAAAAAUUGUCUGAGUUUGAGGAGAAGCUUUGUAGGAAACGCCAAACUGAGUUAGGUUGUGAAGCAUUACUGACAGCUAAGAAAGCUGUGUGCAAGAAUGGUCUGGGAAUGACACUUGACACAAUCCGAAAUACAGGAAAGUUAUUUCCAUUGUGACGCACUGAAAUAAACAGAUAAAAUAGUUCUUACUUGUUAUUUACUGUGUGGAUACCACACCAUUUCCUUUUGUGCUCUUGUAUUUAUACUGUCCGACUUGGAACUUGUUCAUGUAAUCAUGUCUGUGAUUUU